GGAAAAGUUGUUUUCAUUUUUUGAAGCCUGUGUUCAAGACCGCAUACGUCUACAACGCAGCAAACGUUGGUCUAAGGUAUUUGUAUAACGGUUAAAUUCUCAGUUCUCUGACGGACAGAAAACAGAUACCCCGCCAAGAAACCAGCCUUGCCUUUUUGAUGUAAUUGGACCAUGUCAAGACCAGCUUCUGAUUCUGCCUCGAUAGGACGCCAGAGAAAAUAAUUGUUGUUAAUGCGAUAGCAAAUGCAGUGCAUCUGGAGUGUCGAUCGUCGCCUCACGGUCAUACCAAGCAACGAACACUAGCUGAACGAUCGUCAACUGUCGCCGGAAAGUUAAAGCCGUCGUGAUCGCCAAAAAUCCGACCGGACACACGACGGCCAUCUUGGUUGAAAUUCUUCAGCUCGGGCGCGGUGUGUCCGUCGAAAAACGAAGAUUUCCUUUUAUUUAAGAAUGGGUAAGAAGCAAAGUAAAAAGCUUGACCCUGAGGUCUUGGGCGACCUUUUGAAGAACACAAAGUUCGAAGAAAAAGAACUAAAGUCGUGGUACAAAGGCUUCUUGAAAGAUUGUCCGAGUGGUUACUUAACGAAACAACAAUUUAUAGAAAUGUACAAGAAAGUAUUCGACAAAGGAGAUGCCUCGAGGCUUGCUGCUUGUGUGUUUCGGCGAUUUGAUGUGAACGGCGACGGCAAAAUUGGUAAGUUGAAUUAUUUGUAAUAUUCUCAAGGUGGUGUUUGGUUAAUCUUUGAACUGAAGAAAGCAAAAAAUUCCACGAAACAUAACUUGAUCCAGUUUCUUUUUUGCGCAAGUUAUUUACACUUCCAUAACAAGACGUGAACCGCCCGAAAGAAACUCUGAUAAUAUUUAAACCGGCUAGUCAAAUUAAAAACAGCGCAUCAUCCGCAUCGAUCGAAGCCAUGGAGAUUAGAACUGAAGCUCCAGAUAGGAAAAAUGACUUAAACGAAUUUUAUUGAUUACAACCUCUAAAUACUAUCGCGGACAUCAUGCAUUAAUGUCCCUAAGAAAGAAAACCACCAUUUCGGGACACUUGAUUUCAAUAUAUCUGAAAGGUGACAAAAGUCUUCACGCGCUGGAACAAUCGGGUGAAAAAAGACUUCCAUUUACAAUGUUUGAGAAAGUGGCAUGAAUAAUUUACCACUGGUAGGUAAUUGGAUUUUUGGGUCGGUUAUUGAAAGAGACGGUUUUAUUGGAGGGUCGUAUGUUUCUCUGUGAAACGUGAAUAUUUUAAAAUGAUCUCACACGAAAAGGGAAACAGCAACAGGGGUUGGAAUCGAUUGAGAAAAGAAUCAUUACGGUCAAAAUAAAUGACAGAAUUUGAAUCAAAAUAAAUUUCUUCUUCAAAAUACUAUCACGGAAAUAGCAAGGAACACUGCUAUCCGGCCCCUGUAAAAUCCUAGUGUUGGAAAAGUUAUUGCUGUUACGAACGAACCGCCUUACCCGUAAACUGCUUAAUUUUCAUUAAGGAAAGUGUAAAUAUGCAUUUUGCUGACAUGAAAGCAGAAACCUAGAAAUCUCUAGAGCCGCCUCUGUGUGAACUGAAAAACAGGUGCAAAAUAAUUUACGAGUUUUUUUCCUCAUUUCAGAGUGAUAUUCCUCCGAAAGAGACAAAUUGUCGUCUUCCGGCAUAGAAGACAAAGAUUUUAUUUCUUUUGCGUGAAAUCUAGGAAGACUUUGUGAUCAGAGUUGUGGUAUACGAUUUUUACACUUUAUUUUGAGUGAAAAUACUUCCACUGAAAUUGCUAUCGUACACGUAUUUCACGCGAGUUAUAAUACUCCUUCGAUUUACAAUAACUCUGUUGUGUUACGGGCGGAAUCAAAGUAACUUAAUUCGAUCCACGCCAACGCAGAAUACGCUCUCUAAAACUGUUCACUGCAUCAAAGGCAUGAAUUUACAUAGACACUUCCAUUUUCGCAUGAAAUAUGCAAGACUUAGUCAUAACACAAACAAUGGAACAUUACAGCUACACAUAGUAUUUCCAAUUUGUCGGUAUUUCCUAAGAUGUUUUCCACCGAAAACAGACACUUUUCUGUUUUUAGUAAUUGACGCAAGUUCCCAAAAGUUAUUUAUGUAAUUUCCAUGCUGUCAAUUCAGCCACAGGUCUUUUAUGUUAGCGACGAAUUAACUAAUAAUAUUCUCUCUUUUGUGACUUAAUCUUGUUGAAUUCCAGGCCUUUUUAUCCCAUUUGUGUGUGUUUCAAGCGUUUGGUUCAAAGCAGUCCGCAUAUGUUAGCAAAAAAAGAAGGAAAGCCUACUGAAUUUUAAUGCACGUUUUGAAAUAUUUGCCCGCUGUUUUCAUUUCAAUCGAAAAGUCAUUUUAAAUAAGUAAUUCCAAAUCGGCCCCGAGAAGAGACAUCCAUGCUGAGAGAACCAAGCUGUACAUUUUUGUGUUGUUUGGUCGUUUGUUAGGCGAAAUACUGGAAGAUAUGAAUUUCAAACACUUUUUUUCGUAACGCCCAGGCGUAAGAAGUCGGCUUAGUUGACGAGAGGUCAAAAACAGAGUCAUGUAUGUAAGAAUUCUGCCACCCCAUUGACCUAACCCUCAAAGGUAUGAUUCGAAUUUCUGAAAAGGGUACUUACAAAAUAUUCUCUGGUGUUAAAAAUAUAGAGCUUAAGCCAGCCAAAAGUUAAUUUCGAGAGUGACAGUUUAAGCUUUCAUUUAGAAACUCUGGUGUGCGCGGGAAAUUUUUCCCAAAGGCCUUGUCAGAGUUAAUCAUGUUUUACAUUUGGGAUGUCUUUACCACAACUUCGCCUCGUCCACUUUGUGUCACCGUCAAACGAAGCGAAUAACGAUAGCCUAAAUGCAGUUUUUUCCUGCGAUAGUCGUCAUCGGUUCAAACUUUGUUUUGAUAACGAAAGACCAGAAAUUGCUUGUAGAUAAGGAUUUAUCGUAUGGUUUGACGCAGAAUUCUUGCGGGGAGCAGAUUGAUCACUGAUUUUGUUGCUGAAAGAAUCUUUUGAUCUCUCAUUGUCCUCAUCCGAUCUUUCCGCAUCCUUCGCUCUACUGCCCUAUACAGCGCAGCACUAAUGCACUUUUUCGCCAAAUUUUCCUAGUGUUUUCAUUCGCAACAAACAUUUAGUCCUUAGAUUUUUGGUUACGCGAAAAAGUAAAGAAAGUUUAUUUAAUAUUUAAAGACAGCAAAACCGGCUUGCUGUUAUCAAAAUAUUAAUUAUAAAAAUGCUCUUUCUGCAAUUAACAAACAGCUAAAGAAAUGAUUGUCGUGUUGAUAGUCGAUCCAAGAAACUUCGCGAGUAAGAUUUGCAAAUAAGGAAAGCGGUUAAUUAAAUGCCAAUUAGCAAGAAAUAUUUCAAGGUUCGUCAUUCAAUGUCAAAGGGGUUUCUGUCAGCUGAGAAUUAAAACAGACUUCCGAACAUUUUUGAUCGCUCAGUUUUGGUUUUGUGGAGAGAUUUUUAUGCGUGAAUUUACAUUUGUAGAGGUGAAAGAAAAAGUAAUAUUUGUUUUCGUUAAAUUGAAGGACAAAGCUAUAUUCCUCACAAUUUUCUUUUCACGAAAAGCUCAAUUUAAAAGGCUUUAGCUCUUUGACUCCCAGAGGUGAUUAACAUGUAACCUCUCCCCAUAACAUUCAUACAUUAUCUUGUAAACAGGGGAUAAGAAUAUUCAAACUCAUCAGGUAGAAGUUGCUAUCUUGAUCCAACACCAAAUUCUCCUUACGAAGUUACAAGGAAAUGUGUAGCAGCUAGAGGGGAGAAUUUAGAAACAAUCGUACUUGGGGGUUAAAGGGUUAAAAUAUUUUAAACGGGAAGGGAGACUUAAGUUUCAUCAUCAGACUCUCGAUGUUAAGCUUAUAAGUGGGGGGAGGGGGUGGGGAGAAGGGUGUUGGCUAAAUAGAGAGAAGGGGUUUAUUUGAGCGUUUAAAGUAAACACUGUUUUGUGUCAUUGACUGUAUGUUUCAAGUGACGCGUACCAAUAAUUUCUGUUGACAGACUUCCGUGAAUUUAUGUGCUCUCUUUCGGUGUCAACCCGAGGAACGAUGGAACAAAAACUUCGUUGGGCGUUCAGUAUUUACGACGUGAAUGGAGAUGGGUAUAUAACGAAACAGGAAAUGUUCCGAAUCGUGGACGCAUUAUACAAAACGAUGGGUGAUAAUCCGGAAGAAACCGAAGGCAUUCCGAACUGGGACGAACUUACUCCUGAAGAGCGCACACUUAAAGUUUUCCAUAACUUUGAUCAGAACAAAGACGGUGUUUUAUCAUUGUCGGAAUUCAUCGAGGGAGCCAUGCGUGAUAAAACCCUGGCGCUUAUUUUGGAACAAGGAGCAGAGAAGACAUGAGCCGGGGUGGCUGUUAAACAGAUGUUUUUAAGAACACGAGAAGCAACUCAUUGCCUAACCCAGGUUGCUAUCAGAUACUCUGUCUAACAUUAUAUUGGAAUAUGGGUAGUUUGAAGUGCGUGUUCAUAGUUUAAAGAACCUACACGUAGUUUUUCAUGUAGUUUGGCACCGAGGAUUUAAUAUUUCCUUCUAAACCUUCCUCUUGGUGCCGGCCACUACGGCGCUCAACAUUAUGUGAGCCAGCGGUGAUGUCUUUAUGUCGGAGAGGAAUUAAUUGCUAAUGAAGAGGGGAUAAUCUUUUACGAGGGUGGCAAAGGGUUUUUAAGUGAUUUGUGGUUACGACCAAAGCUUUUUGACGCGUGAAUUUUACCAAAAGGCGAGGGUGAUUUGUGAAUUUAUGAAUUAGAGUGAGGCGUGAUUUGCUUACUAAAAUAUACGUGACCGGUGAAUUAUUUCUUUCGGUUCGUGUAAACCUCAGAAAAGAUAUUUAAAUUUUUCCCUUUUAAAUUCGCGACGCUAGUGUACGUGAUGCGUUAUAAAAAAUUCGUGCGUGAAAUGGGAUCAUGACCCCUCCUUUGCUUCCCCCUAUCGUGGUUGAUCUGUUAUUUUUGUGUGAAUUAUUCACUUUGUGUCCAAAGCAAAUUAAGCUCGAAAUGGUCUGUCUUUGCAGUAAGAAAAAAAAAACUUUGUAUUUAGUUUUGUACGAUGCACCAAUGAUGUCAAAUUUACCAUAGCUUGUGAGACUAACUUAUCAUAAACGUAUUCAGCAAGGAGACUUUGCUUCUCCAUCGAAGCUUUUCAUCUAAAGAAGCAUUAUGUUCCAGGAUAUCUCUGCCAUUGAACACUGAAUGUAAAGUUUGAAAAACUGUCCUCGAACGUGCUUAAACUCACAUUGUGCGGGCCGCCAUUUUUAUCUUGCAUAGCAACCUGGCCGCUAACUUUUGAAGUAACAAAGCCUCGCUGCUGCUCAAGUUAUAAAAGACCGCAUUAUUUGAGUUCAAUGACUUUUGUGUAGCUCCUAUUUAUCCGGAUAGGCACCUUAAGAAAGAAAAGAGAAAGGAGAAAAAUACAAAACCAAACAAACAAAACAAAACAAAAAAAAAACAACAACAACAAAGAGAGAGGCACACAAUUUUAAGGCCAGGUUGCUAAGCAUAAUCGUUAGGCAGCUUUCGAAAUCUGGGUUCACUUUUUGUAACUCGAAAAGUGUCAUUUGUUAACUUAUCUGAAAUGUCGGAAAUGACGAAUAGGGAAGUGAUCUCAUCUCGUGUUCUGCUUCAUAUUUUUAUCAUUGAACUUCGAGUGCAUUGCCUGUGUGUUGUCCAACCAAACCUUUAGCGACUACAAUAAUCAAUCAGAACAAAGUUAUGUAUCAAAGGGGGUCAAUGGAGACUCGACAUAAACCCAAGGAAACUGUAGCGGUUGAUUUGCAUAUAAUUGGUCAUGAAAAUAUCGCGACUUAACUAAGCCAAUCACGGAGCGAGAUAUUGCAAAACGAAUUCACUCCAAAAUCUCUUCCGACACUCAAUUUGAAAAUUCCUCUGACAUUGACCAGUCUAAUUCAAAACAUAACUUCAUUGUUAAAUAUAAUUCCAAAUGUUUGCGAUGGUAAUACAGUCGAAUAUUCCUCGCAU